GGGGAGAGUGCGCGUUCCUGAUCAGUAAUAGCACACUUUCAUCGUGACGAGGAAAGUGAGCGAGCCAAGUGAGUCGUUUGAUCCACGCCGUGGAGGAAUCAUCCACGCCGUGUGUAUAAUGCACGGUAACACACAGGAGUGCGCGCGUGUCCAUAAAGAUCGUGUGCACGAGGUAUAGAGAGGCUGUGCAGAAGAGAGGAGAAGAGAGGUGGCCAAGAGCGGAGAAAGGGAGAAACCGUCUCUCUCGUUGGAAUUCCUUUCGAUAUUCGCGAACAAUCGUCGUCUUUUUCUACCCGUGUGGAUCAGGGUGUAGAUCAGGGUGGGGUGCUGGUUAAGAAAACGAAUUGCUCGAGAAAGUCUGAAAAGAAAAAAAAAAAAAGAUCAAUCAUCAUCAAUUACAGGGCUUGUAUUCAUAGAGAUACGUGAAACGCAUUUAUAUACGAAUAUACAUCUUUGCGUACGCGUAUACGUACGUGCCUAAAUAACAAAGAUCGUUUGAUAGCGAACAAAAUUAUCUAACGUCCGAUAAAUAACGUCGUUGAAUAAUCGCUGGAUAGAGAAAUGAUACGCGGAGCCGCGUGUCGACUCGCCCUUUCCAAACGAAGGAGCGUGAGGUGGAUGAAUCAUUGAAACGGUCUCUGACGCAUCGAAUAAAAGAGGGAGGCCAACGAGGAGUCAAAGCGGAGCAAGGUUGCAAGCCACAGAAGUAAGAACCCGUUUCUACAACAGAAAACUGCUUCGAAAUUCAACACGUGUCUUUUUGGAUCUUGGAGCUAAGCAUGUAUCUUUUCAUCUCUUUGAAAUUUUUCAAAUAUUACGGAUAUAUUAAAAUAUUGUUUGCCAUACCUUUGGCUUUUACAAAAUUUACAAAAUCAACUUGUCAGUUAUUUUUAAAAGUCCAAUGCCUGCGAUGCUAACAGGAUGCUAAAACGUUUAAUCACAAGUUUAAUCAUAGGUUGAGAUCAAAUCUUAACAAGUAUUCAAUGAUGAGUAAAAAUAAUGAAAAUGGCAUAUCCCUGACGGCACCUCCAGCCAUCCAUGUUGGUCCUAUAGUGAAUCCAGCAACCAACGAAACCAUCUCUAUUGUUAUUCCAUUAUCAGCUCAGUUGGCUACCGUUACCAGUCAGAAAAUUGAGAAAUCUUGCAAAGAUUGUACCAAGGAUGCCAAACAGUCCUCCAAUAAUGUACAUCCUCGGCUAAGGAAUGAUAAAACCAAAGGAUGUCCUUAUCCUGGUUGCACUAGGUACGGAAGAGCCUUCUCCAGAGCCCACGAUCUGAAACGACAUAUUGCUCGUCAUGAAAUGAGGAAAGAAAAGCUGUCCGAUUACGAAAAUUGUGCUGUGAUCAAUAAGCAACAGCAAGGUGGGAAAGAAAGUAACGAGAAUGUAACAAAUGGAAUCAUUGAUAGACAACAUGUGGUUUGGAAUGACGAAUCACGUGAGAGCAAAUCUUACUCCUGUUUACAUUGCAAGAAGAAGUAUACCAGUGAGAUCAAGCUCAAGGCUCACAUGAACUCUCACGAAAAGAUUCCAGAUAAGAAUGUGUGUGCUUUGUGUGGAACCUGUUCCCGGAAUGAGGAGGAAUUACAAGAGCACAUGAAACAACAUACGGCGAACAUGUUGGAAGCUCAAACAGCAUUGGAAAAAUGUGAGAAACAGCAGCCAGACAAAGAAGACGAUUUCCUGCUGGAGGAGAUGUUACUUUUGAAUAAGAAUCCACGAAGAGUUACGCAAUCAGGGAAAAAUAAUACGAAUGCAGCGUCAAAGAUAAGAUGUGAUUACUGUUCCAAGACAUUCAAGACCAAAUGGACGUUGAGUUCCCAUGUAGCAGCUCACGAGGGCCGUUUCCAAUUCGAUUGCCAUCAAUGCGGCAAGAAAUUCGUCAGGAAGAGUCACUAUGAGGGUCACAUGAGAUCUCACGAAGCAGCGCGACCUUAUGUCUGUGAACAAUGCGGGAAAACGUUUAAAGAACUGAAGCACAGGAGGGAACAUACUAAGAGAAAGCAUCCUACUAAUCAGAACGCGAUUCAAACGCUGUUGGACAGCAUCAGUCCAUGCGUGUCGGAAGAAUUGCCGGUGGACCAGACAAAAUUCACACUUUUGAUGCCGGUUAAUUUCUCUGUCUAGAGUCUUCUCUAACUUGAUUUCCCCCUAAAAUAAUGCAACGUGAUUAGACGAAUGUGUAAUUUUUUUAUUACUUUACAAUUAACUAACUUAAUUCUAUUCUUUCAUCUAUUCUAUAAUUUCAUCUCAAACGUCAACAAAUUUUCAAAUUCAAUUCGGUAUGAAAAUUUUAGAUCUUUUUAGUGGAACGAAAUUGACGAAAUCGGAGUUUCGACGAGGAAAAACUGGCAAAGGGCUGAUGCUGUUCUUUUAUAGUAGGAAGAUUGUUAAAUUAUUAUUUGAUACUCGAAAAACGAUUGUUAUAUAUAAUUUUAUUAUAAUGUAAUUUCGACUGUAUACGAUUAAAGUGAUCUUAAAUUUC